AUGGAAUUCGGCGACCGUUGGACCCAGUCGUCCACGGCACACACCAGCGCUGGCGCCGGUGUGGACUCUUUGCAUCCCGCCUGGCCGCGGGCAGAAACUAGUACUGCUACUCUUGCGGCCCAUGACGACAACGACGACGACUUCGACUGGUCCGAGUGGCUGAGCGAAGAAGGCUUACGGGCUGUCCUCGGGGAGGCGGAUGAGGGACUGUCUUCUGACCUGGAGGGAUAUGGCAAUGACAAUUCGCCCAGCAGGCCGGAGGCUCGAUUUGGACAUGGCCACAACGAAAUGCCUGCCGCACACGAGCUUCCGGCGGGAGUCGAAGAUCCAGCUACGGAUGGCAAACGCCUGGCUGCGAUGGAAGACGCUCACCGUAAAGAGUGCGACCUUACCUCUGCCUCAACGAAUUCAGACAGCGUGAAGAUGGGGCACGACAACAUCUCUGCAACGACAUACACCAAUCUCCGCCCAGCGACUCCGCAACGCGAAGGAACCCAUGGGGGAGUACCAGAAGAUGAGCAUCCUGCCAGAGGGGUCGACUAUUCGUCGGGCUUUUCUUCACCAUUGACACCUCUACCUCCGACUCCUCCGGCCCUUCGAGUUUCUUUCUCUCUGCCGGUGCCUCAGUCGAGUGAUCCAGCACCGACAGGCCCAUACCGCCACUCGCUACCCAUCGGGGCCUUCCCGCCGGGGCUUUCCCGCGGCAAACUUGCGGCCAGCAUUUGGUCGGAGCUGGAGCCGUGCAUAGUGGCAAAAGACAGCCCUGGCACGGUCUUGUUUGCGACCAUUGCAUUGAACGCAUUCCGGGGCACUCACCCGUAUGCUUUUGGCCCGGCGCCGGCAGGUGCUGGGCAGCGGCAGAGGGAGGAGGAGGACGUCACGAAGCUCAUUGCAGCGGCAACUCAAGUCCUGUCAUCGUUGGAGGGAGGCGGGGAUGCGGGUGCGAGCGCGGCUGCGACUAGCAUGAGCGCUUCGGGAAGCGGUGAGCAAGCAGGAAGACGCCGCGGAAAGGAAAACGCGGGACCGACUCGGAUGUUGGAGGAGGAGACACCGUAUGUCAGGAAAUUGAGGCCCCGGAACGGCCGCCGGGCUGUCGGCAGCGAUAGUGCCGUUCUCACUCACUUGUAUCGGAACGUAGUUCAUCGCAGGGCGGAAUUGGAAAGAACCGAUGAGGCAAGGAGGAGAAAAAGACGUGAGCGUCGUGCUUGGGCAAAGCCGAUGAUCCCGUUAUAUCUCUAG